CCUUGGCAGCCAGCGCGCUCAUUCACUUUCAAACUGUCUGCCGGCCAAGACGUGUGGCAAAUGGAAAGUGUAGAGCAGGACGUGGACAAGUUCUUGAAGCACUGCCGCAAGCAACAACUUAGCGAAGUGGAAAUGCAUCACUUAUACGCACCCUUGGUCUGGCAGUUGCGUUGGCUGCGUCUUAAGCACUGGCUGCUUUGGCUGCUGCUGCCCGCAUUGCUGACUUACUUGUUGUGGAACUAUUGCAGCAGCUUUGCCUGGACUCUGAGCGCUCUGGGGCGUUUGCUGCUCAUACAAGUGCUGCCCUAUUGGAACUGGACGCCUUACUACAAUGCCAAGUGCUUGAUUGAGAAAGCUGAUGUUGUGCUGCAGAAACCGCAACCGCUGGACAGGCUUGAAACACUUGCGGAGAACUGUGCGCUGUGUGAAUCGCUGGACUCCAUACCCACGGCUGCUAAUGUAAGCUACUCCCAGCUGGAGUCGCAGUAUCUGGAGCGUGGCUUGCCUGUCAUAAUAACCGACUGUCAACAGCAAACGGAUGUGCAAACAUUGCUGGACAUUAUCAAUGAGCAUGCACCUCAAUUGCUGGAUAGUGAACCCUGCGAUAUUUCCAGCAAUCUCUUGCUGCGCAAGCUCUUCACUGUGGACGCCGCAUUGCAAAAGAUAAGUAGCUCCACAGCUUGGUAUUUGCAGUGGCGCCACUGCGACUUUCAAGCAGUUAAAGCUUCCAGACGCUAUGCGCUACGUCCUUAUUACUAUCCAGCGCAUCUGGAGCCGUACUACUCCAGCUGGCUGCUCAUGGCGCACAAGGUGUCACGUCCACAAAAGGAAAUCUAUGUCAAAGGAUUAAUCUUUGUGCAGCAGUGGAGUGGACAUUUUGAGUGGCAGCUGCGUGCCAAGAGUCCUUGUGCUGAGGACUACAAUUGUCCCAAGCUAAAGCUGCGCUUGGAGGCAGGCGAGUGUGCAGUGUUUACCACAGAUUUGUGGCGUCUCAGCUAUGGCUUGACGCAGCCGCAUCAAUGGCAAAGCUCCAUAGCUAGCAUCUAUGAAGUAAACUGGCAGCUGUAAAGCUCUUCCCACCCAC